AUUUGAAUCUGAUUCAUCAUGUCGUUUAAAGGCGAAAUAGUUGGGUCUUAUAAAAGCCCAUUAAGAAAAAUCUUAUCCAAUAGCAAAGUCCAUAAGCGAAACUUCCUUUGAUAUGGCGAGCGCCGUCAUCUCCGCUGCGUUUCGAUUCCCGUUCGUUACCCGCCGACUCUCUAAUACGGCGCCGCGAAUUAGGUUUUGUCAUUCCACGAUCCGGUCUUCUCAUUCAACGAUCCGGUUUGCUCAUCACCGAAGAAGAUUCACAACGGCUUCUUCUUCAUCUAUGAGCCAACAACAGACUGGAGACAUCGUCGAUGCAUCCAGCAACGACGAGAACUCGGCGAAGAAUCCCGACGACGUCGUGGUGCAGUACGUGGUACUCCGAAGAGAUCUAAUCGAUUCGUGGCCACUCGGGAGCGUGGUAACACAGGGAUGCCACGCGUCUGUAGCGGCGAUCUGGUCGUUCAAAGACGAUCCGAUUACUCUUCAGUAUUGCGAUCCGCAGCACAUUGAUUCUAUGCACAAGGUUACGUUGGAGGUUAAAGGUGAAACACAGAUGAUGAAUUUGUCAGAGAAGUUGAAAUUAGGAGGAAUCUCUCAUAAGCUAUGGAUGGAGCAGCCUGAGAAUAUUCCGACUUGUAUCGCCACGAAGCCUUAUCCCAAAUCUCAAGUCUCUUCUUUCUUCAAGAAGCUCAAGCUUUGCAAGUGAUCACUCUUUGUUCUCCUAAAUCCCAAUUUCUUAAAAAUCUCAUUUUCUUCAUAAUUAUGAUUCAUACAUAUAUACUGAGAAAAUUAUAGAACAGUAGACAUGUUCUUUUGUUCUGUUACAAA